GCCGCGCCAUGAGCCAGUGACCAUGUUCGCUCCGAUCCUGCUGUGCCUGGCGCUCGCCGCCGCCGAACCGAACGCCACCAACCGCGAGGAGAAAUUCCGAAGCGCCUUAAUCGACGCCUUCCAGAAUAUCAAACACGCCUCCGCUAAGGGAGGCUUCGACGAGGGGAUUUCCGACUUGACCGGCUCCCGGGCGGAGCGCCCGGAGCGCCAGGACUCCUUCGAUUUGUUUUCCGACGCCGAUGGUCUUAGCUUUGCUGAACAUAAAGAUGACAGUGAUCCGGAGACCACCCCGACCACGCCGCGCGCGCACAACGUCCAGCACAUCGUGAAGACCACGAAGUCCGACCGGACCACCGCGAAACCUCGGGACCUGGUGAGGGCCCCGGAGGUGGUCUCCAACGUGACGGAAGUGGGCCUGGAGAUGAUGCUCCGCGUGCUGGACGGGAGCCUGCUGGCCGCGCAGUGGCCGCAGCUGCGGGGCUCCGUUGGCGGCCCCUGCCGCGGGGAGAUGAACGCCUACGUGCACGGGCUCCAGGAGAAGGCUUUGUGGGCCCUUAAAAUGGAGGAUGCCAGCGGGCGCUACACAUCAAUGUUCUACUGGGGCAACAACUACUGGACCGGUUCGGCCGAGCUCUGCGCCGUACUUAACACGCAAACCGAAACCACUAAGAAGAAAAACAAGAGUGUGUCGCAGAUCUUCAGCGACUGGCGUCAGGACGUGACGAUGUCGGGGCUCAACCCGCCCUUCGCCGUCGCCUUCUACAACGUCAAGAUGGCCGUCACCGCUGACCUGCCCGAGCUCAUCAGGACGCAUCGCACCAUCCACCUGGGUCUGUGCCUGCCGCGGUCCUGCAGCAAGGAGCAGGUGACGCAGCUGGUGAACGCCGCGCACGCGCCGAUGCUGCACCAGACCGUGGUUGCCAUCCGCUCGCCGCAGCACGGCGGGUACACAUUCUACAUGGACCCGACCUUCUUUACUCUCAUGGCCAUAUCCCUAAUCGUGGGCAGUCUCCUGAUCGCGGGCACGGUGUACGACCUGCGCCUGGCGCGCGAGGUGCGCAUGCGCAGACAGCGGUUCGCCAACAUGGCCGCCGAGAACAGCAGCGGCGACGUCAAGCUUAACGGACUGGACGGUAUCACUGUCACCAAAGGCAAAUCGAUGUACAAUGUGAACAACAAUAUAUCGAUCCACAGCAAGAGCUCGGAAGAGCGGCUCACGGCGGAGACGGUCUCCACCGACGAGGAAGUGAAACUGAGCAAGUGGCAGGAGCUGCUGCUCUCGUUCUCCGUGAAGGCCAAUAUUCUUCAGAUCUUCGACAAGUCUGUGGGCUCGGACACGGUGCCUGAAGUCCACGGUCUGCGGACUUUUUCCAUGAUCUGGAUCAUUUUCGGACACACCUGCAUCAUUGCGUUCAGGUACGCGGAUAACACCGCUCUGCGAGCGAUCUUGGAGAAGAGCUUCUGGUUCCAACUCAUCGUCAGCGCUGUCUACAGCGUCGAUACUUUCUUCUGUCUCGGGGGUAUGCUGGUAUCUUACCUAUAUUUCCGCACGAACGCGAAGGGCAAUCUGGACCGCCUCACCAAAGGACGGUCGAAGGUCACCGCUGGUUUCUUCCAGUUCCUUGGACUUAUGGGCUAUAGAUUUGCAAGACUGACAGCUCCAUACCUGUUCAUCCUGGGCGUGGUGGAGGUGGUGAUGAAGUGGUUCCACGCUAACGCGGUGUUCGAGGUGCCGGCGAACGACCACGAGACCUGCCCCGCCUACUGGUGGCGCAACCUCCUGUACAUCAACACGCUCUUCCCUGUGGAGCAGAUGUGUAUGUUGUGGAGUUGGUACCUAUCAGACGACACUCAAUUUUACGCCGUCAGCGCGAUCAUACUCAUCUUAUCGACCAGCCACCUCAAAGUGUCAGCGGUGCUAUCCGUGGUCCUCUUCUUCUCGUCCCUAAUCACGACGGGCUACGUGUCUUGGAGCAGCGACCACGUGCCCAACGGCGAGGAUCCCUUCACGCAGUUCGACAAGAUCUACGAUAAACCCUGGACGCGCUUUGGACCAUAUCUCGUCGGCAUGGCCACUGGCUGGAUACUGUUUAAGACCAACUCCAAGAUUCGGUUCGGCAGGCUAUGGGCCUACUUCGGCUGGGCAGUAUGCAGUGCCGUGCUUCUAUUCCUCGUCUUUGGUCUCUACAUCCUCGAGCUGAGCGGGGGCGGGGCGGCGUUAUACUCUGCCCUAUCCCACUCGUUAUGGGCGGCGUGUAUAGGCUGGGUGAUAGUCGCCUGUUCCACUGGACACGGUGGGCCUGUACGGUCAUUGCUGGCCUGGCCCGUACUGUACCCGCUGUCUCGUGUGACAUACUGUACCUACCUGGUACACCCCGUGCUACUGCGAGUGGUGGCGAUGCAUCUGACGCAUCCUAUACAUUUGGGGGAGGUGCUUGUGUUCGUGCUAUUCCUGGGUCUGACGGUGAUGUCGUACUUCUUCGCGUUCAUCCUGUCGGUGGCAUUCGAGGCCCCCGUCGUCACCAUGCUCAAGAUCCUCUCCCCGCAGAAGAAGCCGCACCGAGUGUGACCAGUGACAGACUCUUGUGAUCGAGUGACGUAGAAUAAGUGUGAGGCUAGGCGUUAUAAAGAUACUUCAAAGCAGUGGCGGCCCUAAGGGGUGGCGAACAGGGCAAUCGCCCGGGGCCUCGCUCUUGCAGGGGCCUCGCAAAGUAUUUUUUCGUAAGACAAAGGGCCUCGCAAAGACCUUCCGCCCGGGGCCUCGCAAUGGGUUACCCGCCACUGCUGCAAAGCAACGUGACAUUGUAUGGAAUAUUAUUGUACAACGUAGCAACGGAACUUCAAGCUUCGCUUCAGAGUAGUUUGGUCUGAUGUUUAGAAUCGAGAAGAGUGUUGAAUCGAACGGUUACCUGUGGGAUUUAAAAUCAAGCAAAUAUAAUCGAAUCGAAUGGUCACGCAUGGAAAUUAAAGUCGAGAAAAUAGAAUCGAAUCGAACGUCGAAAUCGGAAUCUGAAUUAAAGUUUACUGUCUUUAGUUUUUGACAGUUAACAAUAGUACUUACAGGUGUGGCAAAUACACUGAUUUAGUUAUAUAUUUGUAGCAAAUAUGACAUAAUUCUAUUGCAUUUAAAGAAACUUGUACAAAAAUAAACAAUAUUUUGAUUCCAAAUAUGGAAAUGGAAGCUUCUCGCCAAGGUUUAAUGUUUAUUGACAGUUAGUAGAAUAUUAUGAAGUAUUAAAGUACAAAAUUGUUACCAUUUUACACAUUGACCCAAAAAUGGGUCUUUUAUUUUUUCGAAACUGCCUAACGACCCAAAAAGGGGUCUUUGCAAAGCUGUAUUCUUAUCGAAUUGCAAUGUUAAGUUAGAAUUACAUGAUUAAGCUUCACUUUAUAUUGUGAUAUAGACGUAGGUUAAGUAACGUUAUCUUUAUGUUAUAAUAUAAGUAAUUAAAAAUUGUACUGAUAUUGAAUAUAAUAACAUUGAAAUAUUACUUACAAAUCUAAAACUUCAAACAGAACAAAUAAAAAAAUUAAUGAAAAUUAAAAGACAGAUCUCCUUUUAGAUAAUAAGGCAAUAAAAGUUUCAGAUAUAUUCAAGAUGAAAAUUAGAGAUAAUAGCGUUCCAAUAUGAGGGUUUUUAUUUAUUAAAAUUAUGAACUACGUAGCCACUAGAUGGCACUUCGUGUAUGUUGGGUCUGCCCACUAGCGACAAAAAAAAUACAAAAACUGUUCUUUUUUUAAUUUUACAGAAGAGGUUUUAAGAUAGAACUGUCACAUUUAUAUUAAGAACACUUUAGAUUCGCUGCACAAGACUUUGGGGUAGGCCGUAGGCACUCGAUGUGGAGUGUAGGUGUUCCAAAUAUUAUGUACAUAGUACAAACUGUACAAUUAUGUAAAUAAGUUGUAAAUAUUAUUUAAUUGUAAGUCUU